CUUCACUCCGGUCGUUUUGGAUUUAUGUGCCCAAUAAACCUAAGGAUCUGAGCUCGUGACUGACAGUAAAUGGCCACGCCUUCCCUUUCCACUUCUUCGACAUCACUUCCAUUGGCAAAAUUCCAAAAUCAUGCAUCCUCGUGACUGUGCAUUUCCACCCUCCUCGUGAUUUCACUUUUCAAUCCAACCAAAACAAAAUUCCAUACCCUUCCCACUUUAUAUAUACCCUUAACGCCAUGACUUCGUCUUCACCACCUCCCUCACGCCAUUCCCAUAAAAAACCUUGCAGAAAACCUCCCUGGACAACCCCUUCUUCCCUUGUUUCUCUAUCAAUGUCUGCUUUUCUUUUCCUUUCCCUUCUUUUGCUCACCCUUUUCUUCUAUUCUUCUUCUUCUGCUCGUCACUACCAUCGAAACCCACCUUCGUUUCCUCGUAAGUCCCCUGUUUACGCCUCUGAUUCCUCCCAAAUCCGCCUUGCAUGCAAAUCCACUCGUUUUCCACAGCCCUGUGAGGCUUCCCUUUCACAACCCUCCCUUCUGCCUCCUAAUCCGACCUCCCUCGAUUUCGUCCGGUCGGCCCUUUCCGUCUCUUCCGGUAACCUCAAAACCGGACAAUCCAUGGUGAAAUCCAUUCUCGAUUCCUCUAGAGGCAACCUCAACCGCUCCGAUGCCGCCACCAUCUGUGUGAACAUCCUUUCUAACUCGGAUUACCGCGUUAGAUCAGUCAAUGACGCGCUGACACGUGGAAAGAUCAAAGACGCCCGUGCUUGGAUGAGCGCCGCCCUCUGCUACCAGUACGAUUGUUGGAGCGCGCUCAAGUACGUUAACGACACCAAACUGGUCGACGAAACGAUGGCGUUCUUGGACUCUUUGAUGCGACACAGCAGCAACGCGUUGAGCAUGAUGGUCGCUUACGAUAAUUACGGGGAGGACAUAGCCGCGUGGGUCCCUCCCAAGACGGAACGGGACGGUUUUUACGAGAACGGGUCCGGUGGGAAGGAGCUGGGGUUUAACGGUGGGUUACCCUCGAACUUGAAGGCGGAUGUUACGGUGUGUAAAGAUGGGAGCGGAGGGUGUUACAAGACGGUGCAAGAGGCUGUGAACGCCGCACCGGACAAUGGAGAGGAUACACGCCGUUUCGUGAUAUAUAUAAAGGAAGGAGUGUACGAAGAAACGGUGAGGGUGCCGCUGGAGAAGAAAAAUGUGGUGUUUUUGGGUGACGGAAUGGGUAAAACCAUUAUUACCGGCGUUUUAAAUGCUGGGAUGCCUGGAAUUACCACUUAUGAUACUGCUACUGUCGGAGUUCUUGGUGAUGGAUUUAUGGCGAGUGGCAUCACAUUCAGGAACACAGCAGGCCCUGAUGCCCACCAAGCAGUAGCCUUCAGAUCAGAUAGUGAUCUUUCUGUCAUUGAGAACUGUGAAUUCCUAGGCAACCAAGAUACUCUCUAUGUUCAUUCGCUCCGCCAGUUCUACAAGAAGUGCCGUAUUCAGGGGAAUGUGGACUUCAUCUUCGGUAAUUCUGCCUCGGUUUUCCAAGAUUGUGAGAUUUUGGUGGCUCCACGGCAGUUGAAACCCGAAAAAGGCGAGAACAAUGCUGUCACAGCUCAUGGUAGAACAGAUCCUGCUCAAUCAACUGGAUUGGUUUUCCAGCACUGCUUGAUCAAUGGAACCGAGGAAUACAUGAGAUACUAUUAUAGCAAGCCUAAAGUGCACAAGAACUUUCUGGGAAGGCCAUGGAAGGAAUUUUCAAGGACAGUUUUUAUAAAUUGUGUUAUGGAAGCGCUUAUUAAUCCGAAUGGAUGGAUGCCAUGGAAGGGUGACUUUGCAUUGAAAACACUUUUCUAUGGAGAGUUUGGGAAUACUGGUCCGGGAUCCAUUCCGUCGAACAGAGUUCCUUGGAGUACUCAAAUUCCAUCUCAACAUGUACACUCGUAUUCGGUCCAAAAUUUCAUUCAAGGAGAUCAAUGGAUUCCGACAUCAUCUUGAUUGUUUCCCCCCAUAUCAAGAAAUUCCAAGAUUGUAAGUAAAGCCCAAGGAAAGUUGUCAAGUCAUGAUCAUGUUCAUCUGUUGCAAAAUCUUCAUUGGAAGAUGAAGGGCUAGUGUUUUAGCA